AUGGCGACGACGACACCCAAGUCCGGACAACGAACACAACAACCACCAACAAAACCUUCUCCCCAAUCUCAGUCUCAACACCGACUUGCCCCUCCCUUAUUCCUCCCAGCCUCCAGCCUACACACUACUGCUACUACUACUUCUACUGCUACCACGGCUAAAACCACCAUGGCACCCUCUGCUGCCACCACCCACCUCCCCGGCCUGCCCCGCAAAUGGUCAAAAUGGUCAGCACGCAACCUGGCCCCCCCUGACUUCGCUCCUAUCUCUCCAACUAAAACUGCAACAACCACUACAGCAGCAUCCCCCGUCUCGCCAUCGCCCUUCAUGCGGUCAUCCCAACACCCGGCAACGGCAGCGGGACAAGCACAGGAACCGGGACCAAGCCCUGGCCCUGGCCCUGGCCCUCGACCGUCACUGGCGCAUGUCCAUGGACAAUGGCAUGGCUCCGGUUACGGAAAACUCGAUGGGACCGGUGCCCACGCCAGGAUUGCAAGCGCAGAAGCCCUCUGGCAAGAAAUGCAAAACACGCUUGCGGAAGUGGAGCUCAGCGCGAUGAAUGGGGACCACGUUUUUGGUACAGAACAUGCCAGAGCGCUGGAGGAGUUAAGGAGUAAACAGCUUUCGCUGGCGCAGGCGUGGUCGAGGAGUGAGGUUGAUGAAGUUGUUGGUAGUGGGACGGAUGCGGAUAGGGAUGGGGAUUUGGAUGCGGGUGUUGGUGUGGGUAUUGGUAUUGGUAUUGGUAUGCGAGGUGAGGGGCAUGCUAGCGGCGGCGGUGGUGGUAAUAAUGCUGGUAAUAAUAGUAAUAAUAAUAAUAGUAAUAAUAUGGAGGAUACGGGUAAGGACACUACAACUGCUGCUGCUGGUGCUGGUGGAACCACGACCGCCACUGUUACCAACGCCGUCUCUGGCACCGCAACUGCGACUGCGAACGCAACCGCGACUGCAAUGUCUGCCGCUGCCGCCACCGCCAAUGCUUCUACAUCAACUCUCGCCGAUCAAGGGCCGCAGGAAACGCCUCUGCUGGGUGAGAAUACGGAGAGGGACAUCUUACUAGCGCGCAAGCGGCGGGAGGCUAACGAUCGGUACUUUGACAGGGUUAACGGGGGUGUUUUGGAUGUUGUGGCUAAGCUUGAGGAGGUGGCGAUGACUAUGAGGGUUGUGGAGCGGGAGAGUAAGGAGAUUUGGGAUGAGAGUGAGGAUUCGGGGAUUUCGGGAGAGGGAACGGGAACGGGAAGCGGUAGGGGCAGUAGUAGUGGUUCUUCUGCUGCUUCGACGGCUGGUGGGUCGACGAAUAAUACCUGA